GCGAACAGUGUGCGCUGGUGCCCCAGACACCCAGCCUCAGGAUUCCCUGCGCCCGCAGCGCGGGCACUGGUGGAGUACCGGCCGGGGCUGGCGGCAGGCGAACUGUGGGUGACCGCGCCUGCGGGGGACUUUGCUGUCGGUCCCCUCAGACCUGGGGAGGAAGAACCGGCAGCUCCCUACCCCCUCCCCCUUCGUUGCCAUUUCGGACACCCCGCAGGGACUCGUUUUGGGGUUCCCACUAACUUCAAGGAAGGACGCGUGCCCCGCUUUUGGCCCCAGCUCGGGCGGACACCUGCCUUUGCCGCGGUGACCCUUCCCCCAUGACCCUGCGGUGCCUUGAGCCCUCCGGGAAUGGCGCGGAAGGGACGCGGAGCCAGUGGGGUACUGUGGAGUCGGCGGAGGAACCGCCUCCGGAGGCAGCUCGUCUGGCGACGGCCCUGCGGGAGCUCAGUCAAACUGGAUGGUACUGGGGAAAUAUGACUGUUAAUGAAGCCAAAGAGAAAUUAAAAGAGACACCAGAAGGAACUUUCUUGAUUAGAGAUAGUUCGCAUUCAGACUACCUACUAACAAUAUCUGUUAAAACAUCAGCUGGACCAACUAAUCUACGAAUCGAAUACCAAGAUGGGAAAUUCAGAUUGGACUCAAUCAUAUGCGUCAAGUCCAAGCUUAAACAGUUUCACAGUGUGGUUCACCUGAUCGACUACUAUGUUCAGAUGUGCAAGGAUAAGGGGACGGGCUCUGAGGCCCCCCGGAACGGCACUGUUCACCUUUAUCUGACCAAACCGCUCUACACGUCAGCACCAUCUCUGCAGCAUCUCUGUAGACUCACCAUUAACAAAUGUACUGGUACCAUCUGGGGACUGCCUUUACCAACAAGACUAAAAGAUUACUUGGAAGAAUAUAAAUUCCAGGUAUAAGUGUUUCUCUUUUUCGAAACAUGCCUCAUCUAUAGUAUCUCCAAAUGCAGCUAUGUAAAAGAGAACCAAAACUUGAGUGAUGCUCUGGAUAACUAACCACAUGGAAUUCUUUAUAAGAACAGUUGAAGUCAAUCUAAUUUAAGUGUGUGAAGAGGUAGCUAGGUAUUCAAAGUUCCCCCAUGUAUUUUUCACCUGAACGAUACUUCCCUUCCUAAAGCUGACUGAGACCAGUUGAUCCCUUUAAAGUAAAAAAGGGUUCCAAGGGAAGGCUGUAGGAGCCUUUUAUCAGAAUACCUUGCCUUUCUGUGGGACCUUUCCACUAGGUCAGAGUUCCUAGUGCUGGUAGUAGAUUAAGAGAUCCUCAUCGGAGCUCUGAAGAAGUGGAAGGAACCAAGCUGACACAGGCUUCACUUCAAUUUCAUAUGCCUGGUGAUCAGAGCCUAUUUUAGGACAUUUUAUAUUUUGCAUUCUGAUGUACCUAGGAGUUUUGUUAAACAGAUCAUGCUUAUAUUUAUCCCUCAUUUUAUGCAAUUAACCAAAUCAAAAAAAAAAAAAAAAUUGACCAUGAA